AUGGCUCCUAAAUUAAAGAGUGAUACAAGAAAGUUUGACAAUACAGUUUGUGAUACAGUGAUUAGUAGAAUAGAGUUUAGAAUAUUAACAGAAGAAGAGAUAUCGAAGUUAUCAGUGGUAGAUAUUACAUCCAAGACACUUCAUGAUAUUAAAACUAGACAACCCUCACCUAAUGGUCCUUUAGAUUUAAAACUUGGUACAUCAACAUCAGCCAAUAUAUGUUCUACUUGUCAUGGAGAUAUACAAAAUUGUCCUGGUCAUUGGGGACGUAUUAAGUUGGUUGUACCAGUAUUUCACAUUGGAUUUUUAAGCCACACGGUGAAUUUAUUAAACAUGAUAUGUAAAUCUUGUUCUAAGUGCCUGUUACCACUAGAAAAAAGACUGAUUUAUCAUGAUGUCACUAAGUUUAAAACCAAGAUUAAAGAUAAUUGCAAGCUAAUAAAGAUUUGUUCUUUUUGUAACAGUCAAAAUGGAAUAGUCAAAAAGAUCAAUUUUAGAAUUUAUCAUGAAAUCAAACCUAUUACAAGUAAAAAUGAGACUACCACCACAUCAGUAUUUGAAGAAUUAUCACCAUACAUUGUUUAUAGUUUAUUUGAGAAUAUUCCAAUUGAGGAUAUGAAAUACUUAUUUCUUAAACAAAGUCCUGUUAAUUUACUAAUAAAACAAUUAGCUGUUCCCCCUAGCUGUAUUAGACCAUCAGUAGAUCUUGCUGAAAAGGGAUUUAAUGAGGAUGAUAUUACUGUCAAAUUAAGUGAAAUUGUGAAUGUAAAUACAAUUAUUGAACAAGGAAUACGUGGUGGAAUGGCAUUAAACACAAUGAAUGAUGAUUGGGAUUUCUUACAACUACAAAUAUCUUUAUUAUUUAAUUCUGAUUUACCAACAGUUUCUAAUAUUGGAACUAAUGCUACUCCUAUCAAAGGAUACAUUCAAAGAUUGAAGGGUAAAUUCGGAAGAUUUAGAAUGCAUUUAUCAGGUAAGAGAGUUGACUUUUCAGGAAGAACUGUAAUAUCACCUGAUCCUAAUUUAAGUAUUGAUCAAAUUGGGGUUCCUAAAGAAAUUGCUAAAGAAAUGACAUUUCCUGAAAAAGUAACUGAUUUUAAUAUUGAUUUUAUGAGAAAAUUAAUUGAAAAUGGUCCUGAUAACUAUCCAGGUGCUAAUUACAUUCUUUAUCCUGAUGGUAAGAAAAUUUUCCUAAAAUAUGCAAGAAAAAAGAAAGUGUCAGUUGGUGAUAUAGUUGAGAGACAUCUUUUGGACAAUGACAUUUUAUUGUUUAAUAGGCAGCCUUCACUGCAUAGAAUUAGUAUAAUGGCACAUAGAGUUAAGAUUCAUAACAACCAAACAUUUAGAUUUAAUGUAUGUGAUUGUACUCCCUAUAACGCUGAUUUUGAUGGUGAUGAAAUGAAUAUACACUUUCCUCAGAAUUAUGAAGCUAAGGCUGAAGCUGAGAUACUCAUGGGAAUUAGUAAUAAUAUUUGUACUCCAAGAAAUAAUGAGCCUUUAGUUAGUCCAACACAAGACUUUAUAACAGGUUCAUUUAUUUUAACUUCCAAAGAUAGAUUUUUUACAAAGAAAAAAUUUUUUCAGUUGCUUUGCUAUAUUCAAUCAUCAACUGAGCUUAUUGGACGUAUUGAUAUUAAACCAGCUAUUAUUGCACCAGUAGAAUUAUACACAGGAAAACAAUUGAUAGAAGUAAUUGUACAAGUAUGUUCAAGUAAAUACAACAAAACAAUAACACUUAAAUGCAAGAAUAGAGCACCCACACCCAAAUAUAAUACAGGUGCAUCUGAACCAAGAGAAUUUUACAUGUUAAAAAAUCACUAUAUUUAUGGAGUAUUAGAUAAAUCAGUAAUUGGAUCAGAUAAUAGAAAAGGAUCUCUUAUAUACCAAAUGAUGAAAAUUUCUAAUAAAGCUGUAGUUCAAUUAAUGAACAGUAUUGCUAAACUGAGUGUUAGAUUUUUGAUGGAAAGAGGUUUUUCUAUUGGACUUGAUGAUGUUUAUCUAACUGAGAAUGUAACUGAGGGAAAGAAUGAAAUAGUGUCUGAGAAUGUUAAUGAAGUGUUUAAAAUACUUGAUUCUAAUAAAGAGUAUAGUGAUACAGAUGAGCUCAAAAUAAGUUCAUAUCUUAAUAAGAUUAGAGAAUUAUGUGGUACCACUUGUAUUGCUAAUUUAUCAACUAAAAAUGCACCAAUUGUUAUGCAGGAAUGUGGAUCAAAGGGAUCAAAAAUUAAUGUAAGUCAAAUGAUUGCCUGUGUAGGACAACAAAUUAUUUCAGGUAAAAGAAUAUCUGAUGGGAUGAUUGAUAGAACAUUACCCCAUUUUAAUAAGUAUGAUAAUUCACCAUCAGCUAGAGGUUUUGUAUUUAAUUCAUUCUUUACCGGACUCACUUCAUAUGAAUAUUUUUUCCAUACAGUUUCUGGUAGAGAAGGUUUAGUAGAUACAGCAGUUAAAACAGCAGAGACUGGAUAUAUGCAACGUAGGUUAAUGAAGGCACUUGAAGAUCUUUCUGUAUAUUAUGAUUCAACUGUAAGAAACAGUCAUAAAAAUAUUAUCCAGUUUGUGUAUGGUGAGGAUGGUCUUAAUCCGCUUUUUUAUGAGUCUGAAAUGUAUGAAAAUAUUUUUAAUUCAGUAAGAGAGUAUAAUUGUGAUGAAAAAUUUGAGAAAAAUUUUUUUAAAUUUUAUUUAGAAAGUUUGAUUGAAGAACUAGGAAAUGAAAAGUUAAAGACAGAUGUUAAAGAGUAUCUAGAAACUAAGUAUACUAAUGAUCACGUGUGUAAACAAGUAUUAGUUAAUUAUUUCAAUGAAUUAAAAAAAUAUCUUAAGAAUAUUUCAAUUGAGCCAGGCACAGCAGUUGGUGCUAUUUCCGCACAAUCCAUAGGAGAACCAGGUACUCAAAUGACUCUUAAAACAUUCCAUUUUGCUGGUGUAGCAUCAAUGAACAUUACAUUAGGAGUACCUAGAUUGAAAGAAAUAAUUAAUGCAAAUACUAAAAUAGCCACUCCUAUAAUCAAUAUAGUUGGAAUUCAGUCAGAGAGUGAGGCAGUUGAUAUUAGAAAACGUAUUGAGAAAGUUUUUAUAAAAGAUGUUUGUAAGUCAAUUGAAGCUCAGAUUCAACCAAGUGGUUGUAUUAAGUUAAUUUUUCAAGUUGUUGGAGACAUCAAUUCAAUUAUAAGUGUUGUUUGUAGAAAGUUUAAUGUUAAACAAGAUUCUUUUGAUAGCUUUUGUCACUUUAUUGACAAUCCUAAUGAAAAUUCAAUUUUUACAGUAGAAAAGAUUAAAAGACAGAUUUUAGAUAUUCAAAUAUCUGGUUAUAAGAAUAUUAAUAAUGUUUUUAUUAAAAAAGAGUCUGAUUCAUAUUCUCUCAUUGUAGAAGGUAUUGAUUUUUUUGAAGUUCUGGGGACAAGAGGAGUAAAUCCAUAUACGACUGUUACAAAUUCUAUUUUAAGUAUUGCUGAUGUUUUAGGAAUAGAAGCAGCAAGAAAUGCAAUAAUUAAUGAAAUUGAGUAUACAAUGGGAAGUCAUGGUAUUAAAAUAGAUCAAAGACAUUUAAUGUUACUGGCUGAUACAAUGACUAAUAACGGAAGUGUACUUGGUAUUACUAGAUAUGGAAUUGGUAAGAUGAAAGAAUCUACUUUAAUGUUGGCUUCAUUUGAAAAAACAGCAGAUAUAAUUUUUAAUGCAGCUUAUGAAUGUAAAAAAGACCCAAUCAGUGGAACAAGUGAAAGUAUAAUUUUAGGUAAAAAGGUUGGUUUAGGAACUGGAUGUAUGGAAAUACUAGAAUAA